UGUAAACAGAAACAGCGAAUAGUUGAUGAUGACAAAAACCGAAAGAAGAAAUAGCCACCGUAACCGUAACUCUAACCGCAGUUUCUUCUAAUAUCUGGUUGUUACUCUUAACUCUGCACUCACCACCAAAUCCUCCAAUCGCCAUGGUAGAACCUAAACGGAUCUCCGUUCAUCACGCUCUCGGCGCCGGCAUAGUUGCUGAUGUGCUGCUAUGGAAGAAUUGGCGUGGAGGAGUUGCGGUGCUGAGUUCGGCUACCACAUUGUGGUAUCUGUUUGAGCGAGCCGGUUAUAAUUUCUUGUCAUUUGUGGCUAAUGUGAUUUUGCUUCUUGUUGUGAUUCUGUUUUUAUGGGCUAAAGCUGCUAAUCUUCUUAAUAGACCGCUUCCUCCUCUGCCUGAUCUGGAGAUCUCGGAGGAAACUAUUGGCAAGCUUGCUGAUGAACUGCAAAUUUGGAUAAACCGGGCUUUGUCUGUUGCACAUGAUAUAGCAAUUGAGAGAAAUUUGUUGCUUUGUCUACAGGUUGUUGGUGUAUUGUUGACAAUAUCUUAUAUUGGUAGUCUGUUUAACUUUCUGACUUUGAUCUACAUAUGUGUUCUUCUUAGCUUGUCUCUUCCCGUGUUGUAUGACAAGUACCAGGAUAGAAUUGAUGAGAAGAUACACGUGGUACAUGGGGUUGCUCAUCCACAUUAUCAAAAGAUUCACAGCAUUGUUUUGAGCAUUAUUCCAAAUAGUGCAAAAAAAGAAAAGAAGGUGCAGUAGGUACGAAAGUGCAGAUGGUUAACUGAAGUCUAGUUAGGAGCGUACAGAAUCUACAGAUGGAUGCUUAACUCAUGAAGUACUGGAGGUUAUCGUUUUGUUUGGAAGUUGUAGCCGUUUUAGUUCAUGACUUGUGGUAUGCUAAUUCUUCAGGAGCCGGAUUGAAAAAGAGCUUUGAUUUAGAUGAUAUUUCUGUUGUGAUUUUCUGUGUACCCCAUUGGAAAAUGCUUUAUAUGAAUUUUGAUAAAUAGGUAUGUACCCUUGUUGAGUUUCACUUUGGAUUAGAUUUACCCGAGGGGGAAAAAGAACGUACGUGAGAACUUACACAUAUUUUUUAGGAUGGUAACAUGGCAUGGUUUAUGGGUACAAAUAGAUUUUGUAUGAGUUGGUUUUAUGAUGUAUUCCUGAAAGUGUUUAAUCAGUAAUUACCACGGCGUGUACUGCAAUACUUUUAAUUUUAAAAAAUAGGGAAAUAUACAAUUAACAAAA